AAUAGCCGGGGUAGGCUGCCCUGGGUCGCGGCAGCGUCCGGGAGACGGUCAGAGGCAAGCGAGGGACGGGGGUCUCAGGGCAGCUUGGUGCUAGCGCAGGGGGUGUCUCUAGGCGCAGGAAGCCCAGCGGCGGAUCGGCAGCGCUCUCUGCUCCCGGGCUGUACAAGAUUCAAGACCUAAAAAAUGGCAUUAGUAGCAGCUGACUCACAACAGAAUGUGGUAGCCAGGGUUGUCAACCUUCCCUUGGUGAGUUCCACCUAUGACAUGGUGUCCUCUGCUUAUGUAAACACAAAAGAUAAUCAUCCCUAUCUGAAAUCAGUAUGUGAGAUAGCAGAGAAAGGAGUGAAGACCAUCACUGCAGUGGCCAUGACAAGUGCUAUGCCUAUCAUCCAGAAGCUGGAGCCACAAAUUGCAGUUGCCAACAGCUAUGCAUGCAUAGGACUGGACAAAAUUGAAGAGAGGCUGCCUAUACUAUAUCAACCAACUGACAAGGUGGUCGCCAAUGCCAAGGAUGUAGUUGUUGGUGCAAAAGAUGCUGUAACAAUCACUGUGACUGGUGCCAAGGAUACUGUUGCCCAUACAAUUACUGGAGUCAUGGACAAGACUAAAGAAGCUGUGCAUGACAGUGUGGAAAUGACUAAGUCAGUUGUCAAUGGCAGUAUUAACACUGUCCUGGGAAGCCGUGUGGCGCAGAUGGUGAGCAGUGGGGUGGAUAGCGCACUCAGCAGGUCGGAGACUCUUGUAGACCAUUAUCUUCCACUUACUGAAGAGGAGCUAGCAAAAGAAGCUACAAAGGUUGAAGGAUUUGAAGCUGGAGUUCAAAAGCCAAGCUACUACAUUAGACUUGGAUCCUUGUCUUCAAAGGUCCGCAGCCGUGCCUACCAACAGGCCUUAAUCAGGGUUAGAGAUGCUAAGUACAAAAGCCAAGAGACCAUUUCACAGCUCAAUUACACUGUUAAUCUGAUUGAGUAUGCCAGAAAGAACAUGAAUAGUGCCAACCAGAAACUUCAUGAUGCCCAGGAAAUGCUAUAUCAGUCCUGGGUAGAAUGGAAGAAAAACACAGGCCAAAAUGAUGGUGAUGACUCUCACAGUGCUGAGCACAUUGAAUCACGCACACUCGCUAUUGCACGGAGCCUGACUCAGCAGCUUCAGACCACUUGCCUCACCCUGGUGUCCAGUAUACAGGGGUUGCCGCAGAACAUUCAGGACCAAGCCCAUCAUGUUGGGGCAAUGGCAGGAGACGUCUAUAGGAGUUUCCACUCUGCUUCGUCUUUCCACGAAGUAUCAGAUAACCUUCUCACCACUAGCAAAGGACACCUGAAGAAAAUGAAGGAGUCUCUGGAUGAUGUGAUGGAUUAUCUUGUUAACAACACACCACUCAACUGGCUGGUAGGUCCCUUUUACCCACAACUGGCUGGGUCUCAGCAUGCUGAGCGCAAGGGUGAAGGGGAGAAAAAUGCCAGCCAGGAUGACAAACAGCCUGAACACAGCACAAAUUAAAUUGCAUAGCCCACACAUACUCUGCAGUCUGAGCUAACAAGGUGACUUAACUACUGUAGCUGCCGGGGGACCUAUGGGGGGGAAAAAUAUCCAGUGUGGGGAUGGUGGAGGCCUAAAGAUAUGAAUGUGUCCUUUCUCCUCUAAGGAGAGAGGAACUUUCAUUAGAAAAAGGAUUUUGCUGUCCUGUCUAAGGGCCUCUGAAAAUAAUGACCAGCAUAAUGUGCCUUGAGGCUUGAAAGUUCAGCAGCUUACAGCAGUGGUUCACCUUGUUUAGUUACCUGGUUAAGAAGCCUCUUGUCUGACAAAGUGUCCAAUAUCAGACCUUAAAUGGAACUCAUUGCACCCAAAAACUUUGACUAGUCUGUGACCUGUGCAGGAAAAAUAUAAAAGUAGUAUGAUCUCAUUUGGCACUCCAUUUAAAAGUCCUGUAGCUCAGCAAGAGAACUUGAUCAAACUUCCACUGAUGUUUCAGUAUCCAAUUGUGCACUUGGCUAUGAUGACUCCGACUGUACAAUUGUCUUAAGAAUUGCCUCAUUGGACAGGUCACACAAGCAUAAUGCCUUAAUAUGAAUCUGCUACUUGAUUUGCUUUCAAGUAAGGCUUCUAACGUGUUCAGCCAAAGUUAUGUAAAUGCUGAGUUUUCAUUGCCCUGAUUAAAAUUUUUUUUUCUAAAAAAUUCUUAUUUAACUACCCAAUAAAUUAACUAAAAGCAGUACUGAGAAUUAAAUCUGCAGUAUGGAAUAUGAACACAUGUUUGUACCAGGGUGCCUAGUCUCAUGUGUCUUUGUAGUGCUUUUUCACCUUUUUUUGUAAUUUUGUAUGUUCAGUAAUAAAU